AUCCCCGCGCGGACCGACCUUUGGGCGGAGUUCAGAACCCAAAUCCCCGAAGUUGAAUGCUAUGUGUUUGCUGGGGAUUUCAACACCACUAUCCACCCGGGGCUGGAUUCCCUCCAGGAACGCCCGCCCACGGCAGAUGCGGAGGCGCUGCAGUUGUUUAUGGCAGAACUGGACUGUGUGGACGUCUACCGCACGGCCUUCCCUGCGGGACGGGAGUUCGCCUGGUAUGGAUCGGCAAACCGAAGGAGCCGGAUUGACAUGGUGUGGGCCUCGAGUUCGAUCUUUAGGUGCCGCAGCGAGAUUGCUUACCUUCCAACAACGCUGUCAGACCAUGUAAAGGUCGCAGCCAACUUUCCGGUGGGGGACAUUAUAGUGGGUCAUCCGCAACCGUCCCUUCCCGAAUGGGUCUUUCAGGAUGAAGAGUAUAAACCUCUGAUUCAACAACAUUGGGAUAAUUGGCUGCCGCGACGCCCCCAAGGAAUGGAUGAGUUGGGAUGGGUGGCGCAGGGCAAUGCUCUGAUGCGCAGGUGUCUGCAUGAUAGGCUGGCCGGUAGCUACGGUGCCCACUUGGCCACAGGACAGGAGUACGCCGACCGCCUCAGUGCGCUUAAUUGUGGCCCUAAGGACGAGCAGACGGAAGAGGAAUGGUGGGUGGAGCGAGUGGAGGCCGUGCGGGAGUGGCAAGAGUGGGAGACGGUGGAAAUCGCCCGCAAGGGGCGCAGAUCAAAGGUGGGAUGGACUGUGGUGGGUGAGAAGAUGUCUCGACGAUUUUUCAGAGAGUUGGGAAAGAAGCAGGGGAUUGCCCUCAUAACGGCAAUGGACCCCCCCUUUGACCUGCAGCAGGCGAGGCAAGAGACUACGUUGGAGAUUUUGGACUGUGUAACGGACUUCUAUGCAGAUCUGUUUACGGAGGGGGAGGGAUGGACUGUGGAGCAGAUGGCGACGGCCCCGCUGGAGCACAUUUGGAGGCACGUCCCGCCUGGCCUCACUGAGGAGCAGGCGCAGCCUUUGGAGAUGGACAUCACGCUUGAAGAGGUCCUUAGGGCGAUUGGAGAGCUGCCAAGACUCAAGGCGCCGGGGGUGGAUGGAGUCCCUAUUGAAAUGUAUAAGGCACCGAAUCAUUUCUUUGGUCCACUCCUCACGCGGGCCUUCAAUGAGGCUUUGCACGCGGGACAUCUCCCAGAAGGCUUUGCAGAUGCCUUUGUGGUGCUGAUCUAUAAGAAGGGUGCCCGCGAGGAUGUCAGGAAUUGGCACCCGAUAUCAAUCCUCAAUGCUCACUACAAGAUCCUCGCCAAGUUGCGGGCAGCGGUGUAUAAAUACCUGUGGGCGGGAGAUGUGGAAGUGGAGUCGGUAAUCCCCAGGGUGGCUUGGUCGAAGCUCACCCAGCCCAGGAGUCAAGGGGAGCUGGGGAUCUUGGACCCAGAACUGCAGAUGACGGCGCUUCAGCUGCGCAACCUGCUGUGGUUUUUGUUGGGGACGGCGGGCACAGCGUGGGAGAGCCUUACCACUCAGCAUUUGGCCCUAGCGCUUGGCAUGACAGAGCAAAUGGUCUUAGUGGCGCUGGCCAGCCCAGGCCUCAUUAGCCACGUCAAGAGAAACCAGAUUUGGUCCGCUGCGCUGACGUUGUGGAAAAAGCUCCAAUUACAGCAGGAGUUACCGGUCACCGUUGACGAUGUCUAUAAUCAACUCCUCUUUGACAACCCCUGCGUAUGUGAUGAUACGGGUGAUCCGUUCCCAUGGAAGGGGAAGCCUGGAGCUGUUGGGAAGCAUUGGGCGGAAUGUGGGGUUUUUAAGGUCGGGCACCUGUGGGACGAGGAAGAGAGGGACUGGAGGAAAGAGGCUGACAUGGUAGUGCGGCUCCCCCACAAGUUCCGGAGGCGGCAAAACUUAUCCGGCCUUCAGCGGGCUAUUCCCACGCAAUGGGUGGAUACACUGAGGGUGGACCAUAGAGUGGGGGGAGAAUGGGUGAGACUCAAGGGAGAGACACACCCCCUGCAGGUAUACCAGAUCACACAGGUACAGGGUGAGGAGGUGGUGACGCGAGCAUGGAACGUGGUGACUGGGUAUGAGGGUCUGGGAGCCCCAAUGAGAGUAGGACCUGGUGCGGAGACGCGGUGGAGGACUGACGAAAUUGAGACAGUGGCGGUAUGCGCAGAGAAGAAAAAAGAGGGGGGGCUGGGAAGUGCCCGACCCUUUCGGAUUUGCAUAGUGCUCAAGCUCCCAGAAGUAGUGGCGCCCUGGUCACGACGUAUGAAGAAGGCAUGGAUGACGGCGCGCGAAGACCUGUGGUUAAUGGGUAGGGGUCCGUGGAAGGGGAUGAUUGACAUAGAGGGCUCGCGGACGAUCAUCUAUAUGGCGCCCUCCACGGAGGUUAGGGACUGGCUCAUACAUGAACGGAAGGUGGAGUCUAUAUUGGUGGGAUGUGUUGGUCAUGAAGUACAACUGGUCCCAUGGCGAACGCCUGCGGAAAUGGAGUUUCAGCGGGAGGAGGAGAAACGACAGCGGCCAUGGGUCAAAGUGUUCAGCCCCUCCUCCUUUUUGGUCCCUCUCGAAGAACAGAUGGUGCAACAACUUUUUGGCGAGAUUGUUUCUAUAGCGCUCUUCUGUGAAGAAGAAAGGGAAUAUCGGAGGUAUGUGGUUAGGGUCCCACUGAAGAUGCGUCAGGUUGAGAGGGUAGCUGUGGCUUUUGGGCCUACGACUACGCAGGAGUUUCGCUUUAUUAUGAGCGAAACUCCAUUUUGCGACGUCUGUUCUACGCAUGGGCAUUUGGGACGGGAAGGACGAUGCCUUUCCAGGGCGGAAUCAGCCAGAGAGCUGCAGGAGAAGGAGAUACGCCGGCGAAUGGAACCCAUUUUAGCGUCAAAUGUGGAAGAGGAAAGGCGAGCCUGGAGGGAAAUCGAGCAGCGAUACGAUGCGGUGGUGCUGAAGGAGUUGCAGGCGGCACACUGGCGCGUGGGGGGCCCCGAAGUAGCAGAGGGCUAUCGCAGGCGACAGGACUCGAAACCCCGUGGUCGACAUACCCGGCCGCCCAGGGGGACGGGCGGAGGUAGGCACAGGGACCCUCCAGUGGAGGUGCAUGACCGCAUGGAGAUUAACCCCCCUGUGUGGAUCUUUGGUGAUAUGCACCGGAAACGUAAGGAGUGUCAGGAGGACACUACCAAGGGGGCCGGGGUUGAGGUGGGGAUUGAGAAGCGGCAGUGCGGUCCUAGUAUGCAGCCGGCUUUGGCAACUUCGAGGACUGCGACCACGGAUGCGCGGGUUGACGACCACGUGCAACCGGCUGAAGUGGGGAAUGGAUGGGGGGGGGGAGCGGACGACCUGGUCGAUAAAGAGGUUUUUGUCCAAGAGCGAGGCUCACGGGUUGAAGGCUCCAACGAGCCAUUGAUCCCGAUCGAUGCACAGAGCCUCAGUGGACAUGGCUGUGCGCAGGCUCUCCAGGACCCGUGCGCGUAAAGCUUGCAGGGUGAUCACCCUGCCCUAUCGACACCGUUCAUUUCGAAGGGUCCAAAUGGCCCAGAGAAUAGCCGCUCGUAUUACCUCCAAGACAUAGAGCUCCCCCUUGUCCUUCCUAUCCACCUUGACCAGGGCGCCCAAUAAAAUGUGUGCCACAUC